AUGGUUUAUAAAGUUUUAUAUAAGGAAUUCCAAGAAGGUUCUACAUAUGACAUUUCAGUUGAUGAUAAUGAUAAUUAUGAGGAAUACUUAAAACAUAAUGUAACUCAUAUUACAAGUAUUCAACAUAAUUAUUAUGAUAUGCUUAUUAGAUUGAUUGGUGUGCUUCAAGUACUUGGACUACUUAUUCAAACAAUACUUAUUUGGUAUAAUUUAUAUGUUGGAUUUUUAAGCUUUGAAUUUCUGGCAAUACUUGAUCUUUCACUAUUGUCAAUCAUGUAUAUCUUCAUUUCUCCGAAUGUAAAUUUACUUGUUAUUUUUGGUUUUUUAUGGUUAGUCUCCCCUAUAUUAAUUACAUUAACAGCUUCUUUCAGUGAUGAUACUAUUAUUGCACUUUGUACUAUAGCAUUUCUACUUUACCUCCUAUCUCACGAUUAUACAAUUAUAUACAAAGAUUCGAAAGAAAUUGAACAUCAAAAUACUGAUGUCGUUGCGUUGAACCUUUCAAUACUUGGGUCCAUAUUACUUGCUUCCAGACUUGAAAAUAAUAUACAAGUUUACUUUUUCCUAUGCUUCAGUAUACAUAUCUUAUAUUUUAGCAGAAUGGUAAGACACAAUUUGUGGAACAAUUUACCAAAAAUUUAUAUUUAUGUACUAACACCAAUUACCUCUAUUACUCCAAUUUGGUUUUUAUAUUAUCCACUCAAUAUUGUUUACACUAUUAUUUGUGCUGUAAUCAUUUCUGGAACUAUAUUAUACGUUUAUUGUGGCCUAAAUUAUAAAAAUGUUAUAUUUGGUCCUUGGGACGUUGCCACAAUUAAUGAAUAG